GUUGCAAAUAAACUACUAUAUGACACUUCUUUUCAGCAAUCACAUGAGACAGAGUGAUUCAAAUAAAUAUUCUGUGCCUCACAGUCCAUUGCAUAUUCCACAAGACACUACGAGCAAAGAUCAUUGCAAGGAAAAUGAAGGCAUUUCUUGUGGUUCUCUUGGCUCUCUUCCUGCCCAUCAUAAAUGCCCAGGUACCCCACUGGGGCCCAUGCCCAGAGCCUGCUACCCAAACUGCUUUUAACCUAAAUAAGUUUAUGGGGAGGUGGUUUGAGAUUGCUAAACUUCCAGCACAGUUUGAGAAAGGGAGAUGCAUUGAAACUAACUUUACUCUCAAGCUGGAUGGAAAUGCCCAUGUGGUGAGCUCUGAAAUUCUAAAAGGAGAGCUAAGAAAAAUUGAAGGGACAGCUGUGGUGGAAGAUAAAAAAAAUCCAGCAAAGCUUGGAAUCAGUUUCUCUUACGUUUUGCCCUACACUCCAUACUGGAUUUUGUCUACUGACUAUGAAAAUUUAGCAGUGGUGUAUUCAUGCACUGAUGUCUUGAGACUGUUCCAUGUAGACUUUGCGUGGAUUUUGGGCCGCACCCGAUCCUUGCCUGCUGCCACCAUUGACCAUGGAAGAGAGGUUUUUACCAACAACAACAUCGAUGUAAGUCGGAUGACUUUAAGCAGGCAGCAGGGCUGUGACAAAGGCCUUUGAAUGACAGCAUGACAGAAAAAUCUUACUUGCAGUGUUAAGAUGCUUUUGAUUGAAGGCCUUGUGCACUACUAAUAUAAUCAAAUAAUGGUAAACACAGUAUGGAAAGUUCAGAGUUUGUUUCUUUUCAAAACUGUACAUGGACUCAUUGAUUACAUUUGUAACUUUUUUCUUUAAAAGGUUUGUUAACCUGGAAUGUAAUUCCAUCAUUUUUGAGGGGGUUGUUCAGAAUUGAAAGCACAAGAUUCCAAUUGAUCAAAAUAAAUUAAAGAGCACUAACUAAAACCAUGUGAAUUUUUUUUUACUGAGCAGUGUCCCUUUGACUUGAUAAGAGUUGUUUUUUGUACAUUUAGAACCUCCUUGUGGUCACAAAUUAAAUAUAAAUAAAUAAACCACUACAGCGUCUGGCUUCCAUUUAUUUCUCCAGGUUUAGAAAUUGAUGAAGGCCUAUAUAAGUGAAAUCUUGCUUGGUUAUGGGAAAGAAAAUAAUAUUUGGUACAACAUAUUAAUUUACCAUCAUUUUAUUUCAAUAUUUCAAGAGUUUGACAGGAAAGGAAAGCUUGUUGCAAUAUGCUUAUAAGGCAUGAAUGCAGUUAUAACAGUGUCAGAGAUGUAAGAUUAAAGAAGGGGAAUAAACCCUCUGUAAGUUGAGCAUAAAGAUAUUAUUGAGACCUCAUAUAUAAUAAUGCAAAGGACAGUCACAGACAGAA